AUGGAUGAACAUGUAGCAUCGAUGCCGAUUAUGAUAUAUUGCGAUGUACGGAGUACUCCAAAGGCGGCUUGGUUUCCAUUGGCACAGGGUCUCGACAAGAAUUACGAUGAUGGCAGCGGCAGCAGGUUUCAACGCUCACCAUUCUUGAGGACAUUCCUCUUAAAAUUGCAAAGUGUCAUCGGUUCGCAUGGAUGA